AUGGCGAAGGCUGUAAUGGUGAGGUGUUACCUGCUCUGUUUAUUAAUUCUUGCACUGUGUUGUGCUUGUGGGUUAGUAUGUGCUGAUAGUCCUAAAGCUUCUAAUGUCCUUAUUAAAACUUCUACUGUUGGUGUUCCUUCUCUUGUUCGUCGUGCCAUUACUGCUUCUGGAGAUGUUGGUAAAGAUGAUGAAAAGGACGAUAAAAAGAAAGAGAAUAGUCGUGUUAGUCUCGAUCUUGCUCCUGAUGUUCCUUGCUUUGAUGGUUCCACUCCUUUGGAUGAUAUAAUUUGUUCUUCUCCUCCUCCUCCUCCUCCUCCUUACCCACCACCACCUCCUGGUUCUUCUACUGGUCCUGGUGAUCACAAGACUUCUAUUGAUGGUGAAGCUACUGGUGAUCAUGCUCAAACUAUUGCAAUGGACUCUGGUCGGAUUACACAGGACCGCACUACUCCUCACGGUGCACAAGGUCAUGCAGAUGAUGGUGGUGAACAUUCAGAUGGCCUUUCUAAUGGACCUGCUGCUCCUCCCACUACAUCUUCUACACCUGCUGGUGGGAUCAGUACUGCCUCUGCAGGUGAAGCUGCACAAACUUCUUCUUCUUCUCCCGGAAAUUCAGCCACAGAGAGUAACAGUGGUUCUAAUGGUGCAACGACUGAAAAAGGAAGUACAUCUGAAAGAAGUGAAUCAACAAGUACCCAAGAAGGUGAUGUGGGAAAUACAGAAACAACCACCACCACCACAACACUUCCUCCUGAACCUGCAAACAACAAGAAGGGUGAUGCAGACAGCAGCAGCAGUAUCAGCAGUUCUGUGUGGAUGCGUGUACCACUACUGAUUGUGGUUACACUGGCCUGUAUUCUUGUUUGCUGA